GGCGGCGGCCGGCAGCGUGCGCCUCAGCUCUGUGGGAGCCCCGUUCGGCGCCGAGCAGGCGAUUCUGUGAUGGUGCCAUGCUCCCUGCAGUCCCUCCCCAUGUAACGUUCACUUUCUUCAGCUCUAGGAUGCGCCUGAAGAUCCUGAAGGUGGUAUCAGGCUCUCUUAAGUAGGAAGAGUGAGUAUUUCCAUCCUUCAGAAUGCCCAACUCCAACGCUAAACUUCACUGUAACAACAGAGGUGGUCGGGAAGCUGGCAGGAGGGAGUUGGUUUCCAGGUCUUUGCAGAGUGCACAGCAUUGUCUGGAGGACCAGGAUUUUGGAACUGCAUAUGCUCACUAUCUCCUGGUACUAAAUCUAGCUCCCGAGUUAAAAACUAGUGUCAAAGAAACAUUUCAGUUUACUCUCUUUAAAUGGGCAGAAGAGCUGGAUUCUCUGGCACGGAUUCAAGAUCUGUUUAACUGUUAUGAGCAAGCACUUGAACUGUAUCCGAACGAUGAAGUGAUAUGUAAUAGUAUGGGAGAACAUCUUUUCAGAAUGGGCUUUAGAGAUGAAGCAGCUGGAUAUUUCCAUAAAGCAGUGAAGCUCAACCCAGACUUUGCUGACGCAAAGGAGAACUUCUACCGUGUUGCCAACUGGCUCGUGGAACGCUGGCACUUCAUCAUGCUCAACGAUACCAAGAGGAACCUCACCUACCUGAAAGCCAUCGAGAACGCCGUCCGCUCAGGGUGCAGAUCUGUCCUCGACAUUGGAACAGGAACAGGAAUCUUGAGUAUGUUUGCAAAAAAAGCAGGAGCAUCUUUUGUCUAUGCCUGUGAACUAUCAAAAACCAUGUAUGAACUUGCCCGUGAUGUUGUGGCAGCAAACAAUAUGGAAAGAGAGAUCAAACUUCUGCAUUUGAAGUCACUUGAUCUAGAAAUUCCAAAGCACAUACCUGAAAGGGUUUCCUUGGUUGUCACAGAAACAGUUGAUGCUGGUUUAUUUGGAGAGGGGAUUGUGGAGAGCUUGAUACACGCUUGGGAACAUUUACUUUUACAACCAAAGCCUAAAAAUGAAGAUGGCAGCACUGGAGACUAUGGCAGAGUCAUUCCUGCAAGUGCUACAAUUUUUGGGAUGGCAGUGGAAUGCAAAGAGAUACGUAGACAUCACAGAGUGGGAACACAAGAAGUUGCUGGUGUCCAUUUGCCAGAUUCAGUGCAAUUCUUUAGCCCAACACAUGCUUCUGCUGGUUCAGAGGAAACUGUUGAACCUUACACCACUGAGAAGCUCAGUCGUAUUCCUGGAGGUUACAUACCUCUGACAGAACCCUGUCAAGUCAUGACAGUAGAUUUCAACAAUCUGCAGGAGCUGAAAAGCCUUGCAGCUAGAAAGCCCUGGAAGCUCAGCCUGCCAGUCACUGAAGGAGGAGUGCUAGAUGCUGUUGUGGUGUGGUUUGUGCUACAGCUGGAUGAUGAGCACGCUCUGUCUACGAGUCCCAGUGAGGAAACGUGCUGGGAACAGGCAGUCUAUCCUGUGCAGGGCCUCCUCGAUUAUUCGGUGAAGCCCGGAGACAGCGUGUCGAUGGAAGUUUGCUGCCAAGACUGCUACUUGAAGAUCCAGAAGAUUUCUCCUUUGACUUCCGAGAGCGGGAUGGACGUCAGCGAGAGAGAGGACCCCCUGAGUUUGGGCAACGAGGCUGAACUAUGUCAUGCUCUGGCUGGGCUUCAGACAACUAACAAACAGGAUGGCACCAGUCAAGUGUGUGUGUUGGAAUCCACAGAGAUAGCCCUGCUGAACAACGGGCCGUACCACCAGUGCUUCAAAGCUGCCAUGGGCAGAGUGUUGUCAUCGUUAAGGCCACGUAAGGACUUGCAGUCCAUGGAUGUUGAUGGACAUGGCAGUGGGAUGCACCAAGAGGGUCAAACCAAGAGCUCUCCAGACGUGGCUCCUGAUCCUUUGUACAUUUUAGAUGUGUCUGAGGGCUUCUCCAUCCUCCCUGUUAUAGCUGGCCAACUUGGACCCGUCAGAGCCUACAGUUCUAUCGAGAAGGAACAGCACCAGGCAGCACUUCAUGUCAUCUCAGAGGCUAACCAUUUCCCCAAGGAAACCUUAGAGUUUUGGCUGAGUCACUUAGAAGAUGAAAGUGUGGUGCUACAGAGACCCAAAUCAGACAAACUGUGGAGUAUUAUUAUCUUGGAUGUUAUAGAGACAUCAGGUUUAAUCCAGCAGGAGGUGAUGGAAAAGGCUGCAAUAUCCAGAUGUUUGCUUCACAGCGGAGGGCAGAUUUUCCCCCAGUACGUGCUGGUGUACGGGAUGCUCGUGGAGUCGGAGUCUCUGCUACUGGAGAGCGCUGUUCAGGGAACAGAACCAACCCUUGGAUUUAAUAUAGCCCCUUUUAUCAACCAGUUCAAGGUACCUGUCCGUGUGUACUUGGAUCUCUCCACGCUGCCGUGUGUCCCCUUGAGCAAGCCAGUGGAGCUUCUGAGGCUGGAUCUCAUGAACCCCUUGUUGAACAGCUCCAGCAGAGAAGUGAAGGUACAAAUUUGUAAGUCUGGCCAAGUCACUGCCAUUCCCUUCUGGUACCACAUCCACCUGGAUGAAGAGCACAGCUUGGAUACAUCUGAUGAGUUCUCCCACUGGAAGCAAGCGGCGGUGGUUCUGGAUGAGCCCAUCCACGUCCAGGUCGGGGCUGAACUCGUGCUGGAUGUUCAACACCAUAAAAGCAAUAUCAGCAUCACAGUGAAACGGUGAAGAAGGGGCAUGGAUUAACUGAUUGGUGGUUAAUUAGCUAUGCACAAAUGCGCUGUUCCUAACAUUGUGGAGGUUAAUUUAUAUUGAAGUCUAAAUUCUAUCCAACGGCUCAAAAAGGCUGUUUGAGGUUAAGAGUCCUUGUUUCUCCAAGUGUAGUGCUGCUGCUCAGGUCCCACAGCAUCCUCCUGGUGUGUACUGAGAUAUCAGCCUCGUGGUAGGGACCAUAAGGUCCUUCCAGUUGCACUAUCACAAGUAGAUAAUUGUAAAGAGUUGUAAAGGAGCACUGUUGAAUAACUCAAGUUGUACAGGGGAAGGUCAAGUGAGUAAACUUGUUAGAAUCCUGCAGAGAAUCAUUUUUGGUAAUAUAAUGCACCUGAUAAAUUGCUGUAAUAAAACUCCUAGAAGAGUGGAA